UGAUGGAACUAUCCAACUAUAUUUGAUAUCUAGAAUCCAAGCUUCCAUUUAUUCCCCAAAAAAGACGAUUCCCAUGAUAAAUACAAGAUCAUCAUCCAGGCUGGCCCUCUUCUAGAGUGGGUCAGUUGACAGUAAGCAAAACCAAUACCAUUACCGGUUGACUUUUUUUGGCACCCAAUUACACCUCAUUUCAUAGUAUUCACAUCAAAACCCAGAAAAUAAUAUAAAUAAUUAUCACAACAAAAACAAAAAAAAAAUAAAACCCCUGGAAUUUCUGAAUUCAUCCUUACAAUUAAAAAAAGAAAUUGUGAUUGUGAAUUGGAAUUUCAAUGCACAGUAUCCAAGGUACCCACCACCUCUAGCACCACCAAACCAGCGCCAUGAUCAACUCUUUCAAAUUCUCUCCAUUUUCUCUCUCCUAGGGUUUUCCAUUUCUUCUCUUCUUCUUCCUUCUUCCUUCUUCUUCAUCAAUGGCGUCCAAGCCAUGGCUGCAACCUGCUCCUACGUACAACCCUUUGGAAUCGUUUUGGGAUUCCGACGAAGAUGCGCCUGGUCCUCGUUGUGGUCAUACCCUUACCGCCGUCGCAGCUACCAAAUCUCAGGGUCCUCGUCUUAUUCUUUUUGGUGGUGCAACCGCCAUUGAAGGCGGCGCUUCUUCUUCCGCUCCUGGAAUCAGGUUGGCUGGGGUUACGAAUUCUGUUCAUUCCUAUGAUGUUCUUACUAAGAAAUGGGCCAGGAUUAGACCGGCUGGUGACCCGCCUUCUCCGAGGGCGGCUCACGCAGCUGCCGCAGUUGGAACUAUGGUUGUAUUUCAGGGUGGUAUAGGACCUGCUGGGCAUUCGACAGAUGAUCUAUAUGUGCUUGAUUUGACCAAUGACAAGUAUAAAUGGCAUAGAGUAGUUGUCCAAGGUCAAGGACCUGGACCUAGAUAUGGCCAUGUAAUGGACCUGGUUGCUCAAAGAUACCUCGUAACAGUCAGUGGCAAUGAUGGGAAAAGGGUUCUGUCAGAUGCUUGGGUUUUGGAUACUGCUCAAAAGCCAUAUGUUUGGCAGAGGCUUAACCCUGAAGGUGAUAGACCAUCUGCUAGAAUGUAUGCCACUGCAAGUGCUCGAUCAGACGGCAUGUUUUUGCUAUGUGGCGGAAGAGACUCAACUGGCGCGCCCCUUGCAGAUGCAUAUGGACUACUUAUGCAUAGAAAUGGUCAGUGGGAGUGGACUCUAGCACCUGGUGUUUCUCCCUCUCCAAGGUACCAACAUGCUGCGGUCUUUGUAGGCACUAGAUUGCAUGUUACUGGGGGUGCUCUUAGGGGAGGACGUGCCAUUGAAGGUGAAGCAGCUGUUGCAGUUUUGGACACUGCUGCUGGAGUGUGGUUGGAUAGGAAUGGACUGGUGACUUCUUCAAAGGGCAAUAAAGGACAAACAGAAUACGAUCCUUCCUUGGAGUUGAUGCGUCGCUGUCGGCAUGCUUCUUCUUCUGUUGGUGUUCGUAUAUAUAUUUAUGGUGGUCUUAGGGGAGAUGUAUUGCUGGAUGACUUCCUGGUCACAGAGAAUAUGGUGUCGCAGUCUGAUGAUAAUUCCCCACCACUGACAUCGGAGAGAGCUCCGAGCCUAACUGAUCCCAGAGUUAAUAUUAGUAUUUCUACGUCGCCCUCUAUAAAUGUAUCUGAUGGAAGUCAUGAAAAAAAUCUACCUUGUGUUGUAAGCCCCGGAAAAAAAUCUGUGGAUAAACUUGUGGAGGCAUCUGCUGCUGAGGUUGAAGCAGUUAGAACGGUCUGGCAGGCUGCUCAAGCUGCAUCCUCAUCUCCACCAGAUGAAUCUCCUCUGUCGCAAGGCAGCACACCUACCACAGAUACUCCUUCAGAUGGUAGUGAUGCUGAUGGUGAUGUUCGCCUCCAUCCUAGAGCAGUUGUAGUUGCUAAAGAAAUUGUAGGGAACUUAGGUGGAAUGGUGAGGCAGUUAUCACUUGACCAGUUUGAAAAUGAGAGCAGGAGGAUGAUACCUGUCACCAGUGACCAGUCAACUCUUGGCAAAAAGUUCGUGAAACCCAAGUCUCCUCAGGGUUUGCAUAAAAAAGUUAUCUCUACUUUGCUCAGACCACGAAACUGGAAACCUCCAGUAAAUAGGAAAUUUUUCUUGGAUUCUUAUGAAGUGGGUGAGAUUUGCCAUGCUGCAGAACAAAUUUUUAUGCAUGAGCCAAGUGUUCUUCAGUUGAGAGCUCCGAUCAAAGUGUUUGGUGAUCUUCAUGGACAGUUUGGAGAUUUGAUGCGAUUGUUUGAUGAAUAUGGAUUUCCUUCAACCGCUGGUGACAUUACGUAUAUUGACUAUCUAUUUUUAGGUGACUACGUUGAUCGUGGGCAACAUAGCUUAGAGACUAUUACAUUACUUCUUGCUCUGAAGAUUGAAUAUCCUGAAAAUGUUCACUUGAUACGUGGGAAUCAUGAAGCUGCUGAUAUUAACGCACUCUUUGGGUUUCGUCUUGAAUGCAUUGAGAGAAUGGGGGAAAAUGAUGGCAUAUGGGCAUGGACACGGUUUAAUCAGCUAUUCAACUAUCUUCCACUCGCUGCCCUUAUUGAGAAGAAAAUUAUCUGUAUGCAUGGUGGCAUUGGAAGGUCUAUUCAAGCAGUGGAACAAAUAGAAAAACUUGAGAGACCCAUAACAAUGGAUGCUGGUUCUAUAGUUCUAAUGGAUUUGCUGUGGUCUGAUCCCACAGAAAAUGAUAGUAUAGAAGGUCUGAGACCAAAUGCUAGAGGUCCUGGAUUAGUUACAUUUGGGCCUGACCGAGUCACAGAGUUUUGCAAAAAGAACAAACUGCAGCUCAUUAUUAGGGCCCAUGAGUGCGUGAUGGAUGGUUUUGAACGAUUUGCUCAAGGGCAGCUGAUCACACUCUUUUCUGCUACGAACUAUUGUGGGACUGCAAACAAUGCUGGAGCAAUAUUGGUUAUUGGCCGUGGUUUGGUAGUGGUUCCAAAGUUGAUUCAUCCCUUGCCACCGCCUAUGCAAUCACCUGAGACUUCUCCAGAACGUUCCAUGGAUGAUACAUGGAUGCAGGAACUCAACAUUCAAAGACCACCAACUCCUACUAGAGGUCGGCCUCAGCCUGAUCAUGACCGCAAUUCACUUGCUUAUAUUUAAUGUUGAAUGUAUGAUUUCAUCAGCAUUAUGUGCCUCUUUGCACUCAGAGUCCCUAAUUGCCAAAGCAGAUGCUUUACCAACCUUCAUUAUACACCUUACAGUGCUGUGCUGUAAGCCUCAUUUAAAUUAAAGAUUUUUAGAUACGAGUAGUAUAAAUCUCAUCCUCUGUACAUGUAGCUUCGGUAUUGUUGAAGAGUUAGUUCCAUUUUUGUUAGCAUAUGCAUUAAGCCAUAGAUACUUUGUUUUUGUAGAAUUGUAGUGUAAAGGCAGGCCAUAAGGAGAGAUACAGAAGCAGUUGAGAGAAGCUUUCCAUUUGAGUGUUCAUUAAUUGUAAAAUGAAAUCAUAUUUAUCUGUAAUUAAUUUAUUUUUAACAAGUGUAUUAUUGGCAUUUGGUGUAUGAUAUUGAAUCUGCUUUUGGUAUCAUAUAAAAAUACCAGUAUAUGAUCACUGGGUAUGUUGUGUUAUA